AUGGCUGCUCCCGCCAUACAUCAGCGCUCCUGCAAGGGCGAGGACCGGGCGAUGCACCUCACCGCCCUUGUUGGCGGCGAGACCGUCUGUCUCCUCGCCGUUGCAGACGGUCACGGCGGCCCUGAGGCGGCGCAGCUGUGCGAGGACACCUUACUGCAGACCAUCGUCAAAGAGGCGGGUGCCGCCGACGCCGCCUCGCUGCAGGCGGCGUGCUCCCGCGCCUUUGCGACGGUGCACGCAGCGGUGUGCGAGAGAGAGAGCGCCGAUGCUGGCGCGUGUGUGACGGUGGUGGCGAUCAACGAAGGUCGAGGCGAGGUGACGUGCGCACACGUGGGCGACUCGUCCGCCCUCCUCGUCGAGGAAUCGGGACAUCGACCCCUGACCGCCGAGCACCGGCUGAGCAACAGCCCCGAGGAGCAGGCGCGCGUCGUCGCCUGCGGCGCCCGGCUCGCCAAGGCGCGGAGCGACGACGGCUACUUUGGGGUGGGGCCCAUCCGCGCCUGGCCCGGCGGCCUCGCCGUCUGCCGUACCGUCGGCGACGCUGACUGCGCCUACGUCGACCCCACGCCGGUCGUGUGCACUCUCGCAUUCGAGCGGCCGGGCGGCGCAAAGGUCAUCGCCUGCUCGGAUGGCGUCUGGGAUGCCCUCUCGGAAGAGCGCGUGGCGAAGCACCGGGCUCGCGACGCCGGGCGCGCCUAG